CGUAACUCUUAAAAACCAAAAAGUGUGCCCCUACAUACGCUGCUUUCACAGAUCAAAACGAGAAAAUGGACGACGACUUUGCAAAAUUGCCUGAGGAAUGUAUCUCUGAAAUUCUUUCCUUAACUUCGCCGGUGGAUGUAUCGGCAUUUUCUAUCAUUUCUAAGCGUUUCAAAUCAGCAUCAGACUCUGACAAUGCUUGGAGCAAAUUUGUGCCCUCCGAUAUUGACAACAUCAUUUCCAAAUCAUCCACUCCCUUCCCCUUUGAAUCUCCGCCCACCAAGAAGCAGCUGUUUUUUGGCCUCUCCGGGUUUUCUUUCGUCCUUGAAGAAGGCAAAAAGGUAUUUUAUCUAGACAAGCAUACAGGCAAGAAAUGCGUUAUGAUUUCACCAGCGGAACUUGAGUUCAGUGGGGCGAAUGUUUCUAAUCAGUUGCUAACCACAUAUGAUCCACAUGCCAGGUUUAAGGAGGUAGCAAAACUGACUUUAUACAAAGGUGUGUUUGACAUUACUUUGAAAAUGACAAGUCAGUUGUUAUUAUCCAAGGAAACACAUUACUCGUGUUAUUUGAUGUACAAAAUGGAAGAUGCGCGCAGCUACUGGGAUGACGAUUCAAGUGAUUAUAGCAUCACGAGUGGUAGUGACCCCUUUGAGAAUGUCACUAUGAUUGGAAAUUCUGAGAGAACUACAGAAGACGGGUGGGAGGAGAUAGAAAUCAAAUCCUUCCUUAAUAGCGGAGCAGUUGAUGAGGGCGUGGAAUUGCGAUCGUCCGUUGGCAUUGAUUCGGAUGAUGUAGAUGUAAUCGUCCAAGGUAUUGAGAUUCGGCCCCGCGAUGCCGUUAGAUGUGAUCACGAUUACGCUCGUUUUACUAUAUAUAUUUAGCAUUUAUCAAAUAAAGAUAAGCUUGGAGUAAUAUUUUUGAAAAACUCUCUAUUACUCUGUAUUAAUCAUGUCUUAGACGCAAUAUUACGAUAAAUUAUUGAGUGAAUUCCCUAAAUAGGACUAAAAAGUGGAAAAAUUGCACAAAUAGGACUACAUUUUUUAAAUUCCCUUAAUAGGACUAUUUAUGUGUGUUUGGACAAAUAUACCCGUGUAACUUGUGAAAUGUUUUAAUUAAUAAUAAAAUCAUGAAAAAAUUAAUAAAAAUCGAAAAAAAUACUAAAAAUCGUAAAAAAAUAAUAGAAAAUUAAUAAAAAUAUUUUUUAAAAUAAAUAAAAAAAAUAUUUUUUUUUAAAAAAAUAAAAAAUAAAUAAAAAAAAUCAUAAAAUUAAAAAAAAACACAUUACCACCCCUGCCACCCCCAACACCACCAUCUCCCAUCACCGGACAAAAAUAUGCCAACAUUUUAAAUAAUGCCAUAAUGAUGGCAUAAUCAAUGAAAAUGUUGGCAUAUUGAAGAGUAAUUAUGCCAUCUUUUUGGCAUUUUCAGAAAAAUAUGGCAUUUUUUUUUAUCAAAAGUGGAAGAAAUUUCACCAAUCGAAGGUGGUGGUGCUGGGAGGCGGCGGGAGGCGGUGAGAAAUGUAUCCAUAAUUUUUUUCAUUUUUUAUGGGUUUUUACUAUUUUUUAUUAUUUUUUUAAAAAAAUUAAAAAAAUAAAAAAUUAAAUUUUUUAUUUUAUAAAUGUUUUAUAAUUUUUUUUUAAUUUUUUUACGUUUUUUAAAUAUUUGUUUACGUUUUUUGUGAUUUUAUUAUGAAUUAAAGCAUUUCAUUAUGAAUUAAUACUCUUAGGGGUAUUUAGGGUAGAAAAUCAAUGUUUAGUCCUAUUUAGGGAAUUUUAAAAAUAGUAGUCCUAUUUGUGCUUUUUAGGAACUUUUUAGUCCUAUUUAGGACAAUUUCCGUAAAUUAUUUUGUUUGGAUUUGAGUUGUUGGUCAGUUUGAAGAUUAAUGUUUGUGUUAUUCUUUGUAAUUUGUAUAUGUAUAUUUAUGUGAAAAUAUGUUUUAAAAUAUAAAACGACAAUGUGAUACUCCCUUUGUUUCAAAAUCAAU